CCUGAUUUAGUCCUUCCUAGAGGUUCAAAGCCUGUAGACGAGCAUCAUAAUCCUGAUCUCAUCCCAGGAAUGUUCCCGACCCUCUAUCCGUUUGGCAUAGGAGGCUUUGAUGAUGACUCUUGGCCCGCACCUGUAGCCUUUCAGAAACAGGCCAAUUACUAUUUUGACCUGGCAGAUUGGUCUUUCCGUUAUCAUCAUACUUACAUGUUUGUCGUGCUCAAUAUAUUCCAGCAUCGGACUGCGCAUCUUCACACGCAUUUCACUGUUUGGCGCUCACAUUUUGAAUCGCUUUCCAGGCGCCUCAACAGUGUAUCUCCACGCACAUUGUCGUGUUUGGCAGACCAACUUCAAAAGGAGCAUAGGUAUUCAAACUUAAGUGCGGAAGACUGGGAUGCACUUAAUCUACUCAACCAGGUAAACAUGGUAGCUGCAAGAAUUCCCGGUUUGCAAUCAGCCAAGAUGUUUGUCUGUAGUGAAAUACGUAGUUAUUUUGGUUUUUUUGGCAUGCCUCACAUCUUCUUCACUUGCAACCCAAGUGCGUCUCACAGCCCCACGUUUCAGCUGAUGUAUGGUGAUGAGUUAGUUGACUUAACCCAGCGAUAUCCAUGCCUUGUUCCUGCCCAUCAGAGAGCAAUCUGCCUGGCUCAGGACCCUGUAGCUGCAGCCGACUUUUUUCACUUCUCGGUAACCUGUCUUUUUACUCAUCUGUUCAGUUGGGAUUUCGACUCACAUGCUUCAUCUGAGCGUGGUGGAAUCCUUGGACACUUGGAAGCUUUUUAUGGGACCAAUGAG